GCUUCGCUUCUCCACAUAGCAGACAUUUGCCAUCGAUCCCAUUACUGAUAUUAUUACUGAUAUCAUUACUAUAAUAGCACAGUUAGAAGAGAAUCUUCCAUUGUGUUAGAAGUUCAUUUUUCUGUUUUUCUACAUUUUUUAGUGAAUCUUUGUAGUCUUACUGGUUAUGAUUUCGAUCUACUCCUGCUUCACGGCUCUUGUAUUUCUAGCUGGAAUUGCUCAAGCGUUCUACUUGCCGGGAGUGGCUCCUACUGAUUACAAGAAGGGCGAUGAUAUUCCGCUUUUGGUGAAUCGGUUGACUCCCUCGUUACACCACUUUAAAUCUUCGGCUUCUCGUCCUAAGUUGAAAGCAGACACCUUUGUCUACUCUUACGACUACUAUUACCCGAAGUUUCACUUCUGUCCACCAAAAGAUGGCAAGAUGAGCAAACAACUGGAAUCGUUGGGCUCCAUCAUCUUUGGUGACAGAAUCUUCAACUCGCCAUUUGAGAUCAAGAUGUUGGAGGAUAUCAACUGUAGGCAAGUUUGUAACCCUUCGUACUCCAAGACAGACUCAGUUUUCGUCAACAGAAACAUCAGAGCCAGCUACAACCAUAACUGGAUUGUAGACGGUUUGCCUGUAGCCAGCCAGGUUAUGGACCUAAGAACUAAAUCUGCCUUCUAUGGGUCUGGAUUCCCAAUUGGUGAAGUUGAUGAGUCUAACAACGCUAAUCUAUACAACCACUUUGAACUUAACAUCGAGUUCCACAGAAGAGGCGAAAACACUUAUAGAGUCGUUGGUGCGACCGUAAAACCAUAUUCGUUGGACAGAUCUGCUGUGUCCGAUACUGGUGAUCACUGUGCCUUGGAAGCAUUGCCUAAGGUAAGUUUGAAAAAGAAUUCAGACACGAAUGUUCUCUUCUCGUAUUCGGUACACUUUGAAGAAAAAGACACUGCCUGGGCAACCAGAUGGGAUAAGUACUUACAUGUAUACGAUCCUAAGAUCCAAUGGUUCUCGUUGAUUAACUUUUCUUUGAUUGUCAUCAUUCUCGGAAUCAUCAUCGCGCAUAUAUUGGUGAGAACCUUAAAGAGCGAUAUUGUUAAAUACAACGAAGUCAACUUGGACGACGACAUUUCUGACGAAAGCGGCUGGAAGUUGGUGCACGGCGACGUGUUCAGACCCCCAAAACAUAGAUUGGUGUUGUCUGUCUUGGUUGGCAGUGGUGUUCAGGUAUUCUUGAUGGUAUUUGUGACUAUUGCCUUUGCCCUUUUUGGAUUGUUGUCGCCUUCUAGUAGAGGAGCCUUGUCUACGUUCAUGUUUGUGGUGUUCAUGUUCUUCAGUAUCAUUUCUUCGUUUGUCUCUGGGUAUCUCUACAGGUUCUUUGGUGGUGACAAUUGGAAGUUGAACUUGAUCUUGACUCCUUUAGUUGUGCCUGGCACCAUGUUUGCUAUAUUGGUGUUCUUGAAUUUCUUCUUGAUCUACGUUGAAUCCUCCGGUGCUAUUCCUGCCGGAACCAUGUUGGCUAUCAUUGUUAUUUGGUUCUUGAUUUCAAUUCCUCUUUCUGUCGUUGGUUCACUUUUGGCGUCUAGAAAGCAGUUGCUUUCUGUCCCAGUGAGAACCAACCAGAUUCCAAGACAAAUUCCAACACAGCCUUGGUACUUAAGAACUAUUCCUGUUAUGCUCAUCUCAGGUAUCUUUCCCUUUGGUUCAAUUGCUGUAGAGAUGUACUUCAUAUAUUCUUCCAUCUGGUUCAACAGAAUCUUUUACAUGUUUGGAUUCUUAUUUUUCUGUUUCCUCUUGAUGGUGUUGACCACUUCAUUGAUAUCUAUCUUGCUGAUCUACUAUACCUUGUGCUCUGAAAACUACAAGUGGCACUGGAAGUCUGUCUUCAUUGGAGGCAGCUGUGCCGUGUAUGUUUUCUUGCACUCAUUGUUCUUGACAGGAGGUGAGAGAUUGGGUGGAUUGACCUCGUUCGUGUUGUACACUGGCUACUCCAUUAUGAUUUCAUUGCUUGUUUUCUUGAGUUGCGGAGCCAUUGGGUUUAUCAGUAACUUAUUCUUUGUGAGGGCCAUCUACUCGCAAAUCAAAAUAGAUUAACCUAGCCUCUAAAAAGUAACAGGAAGCAAUCCGAGUAGUGAAUCUAUUAUCCAAUCACAGGAGUAUAUACAUAUACUUUUUCUACACAUUGCAAUCAAUGCUUCAAAGACAGGAACAUAUAUGUUAUAUAUAAUACAAAUAGCACAAUAGCAUGAUAAAUCAUUAUUAUACAAACUAUUAACAGUGACCAAGGUCAACCCCUUUAUCAUACUAUUCCCGUUUUUACUAUUAUUACAGCUAUAAUAGCCACCAUUAUAUUAUUGUUGUUAUCAUCAUCUUCAUUAACGGAUCUUUUCUUCAGCUUUUUGGUCUUCGUUACGGAUGUUUCUAUAUAAGCUCUUUCGAGUCUUUGCAGUGACUAGUACCAUCCGUCAAUGUUCUCCUUUUCCACAAAAGGAAGAAUACCCGUUGUGAAUUCCUCAGACCAGAUCUGGAGGCUAUUCUUGAGUCUGGAGUCAUUGACGUUUGACACCAGCGUUGGACCUGAGCUAUUGAGGAUGUUUUGGAGGCUGAAAUUGAACUUGUAGCUGUUUAUUUUGUUUCGGAUUAAAUUAGUCGAAAUGGUUCCCAACUGCAAGUUGAUGAGGUUCAAGUUCAACAAGUUGAACGAGAUAGACAAGUCGUUGUUGAUCUUGAUGCAACGGUUCAUCAAGUCUCCAUGGCCAUGUCCUGAAGUAGAAGAGCCAUUUUGCGACAGCUGGAUGAGGUUGAUGAGGCUGUCGAUGAUCAUCUUGCUGAGUUUGAUCAAUUUGAAAAGCUGGCCAAUAGUAAUGUUCAACAAAGGAUUGAUGAAAAUGUUACCAUUGCUGCUAUCCGCACUAGAAUUUUGUUCUCUAUUCAAAGAAGCUAGUGGACCAUUUUCGUUUCCUGAAC